UUAACAUUUCUUCAACCAAAUAAAACACCUCCAUAAUAAUAUCAAAAAGGAUUUUCAAAACAAUGUCUUCACUCUCUUCAUCAAAACGCAUGGUUUGGUUACCUAUCUUGGCCUUAGCCAUACAGCUUCUAUCUAUACAGAACGUUUUGUGCCAAAGCCAGAGCAAUGCGUUUCUCUACCACAAGUGCUCAGACAUUGAAGGAAGCUUCACCUCGAAAAGUACCUACGAGUCAAAUCUCAACAAUCUCUUUAGUCAGCUCUCUUACAAAGUUCCAUCCACCGGUUUUGCCACCUCCUCCACUGGUAACACUCCAGACAACGUCAACGGUUUAGCCCUUUGCCGUGGUGAUGCCUCUUCCUCUGACUGCAGCUCCUGUCUUGCAACCGCCAUCCCCGAGAUAAGUAAGAGAUGUCCCAACAACAAGGCGGGAAUAAUAUGGUACGACAACUGUCUUGUCAAGUAUUCCUCGACCAAUUUCUUCGGGAGAAUCGAUUACGAGAACAGGUUUGCGCUGUACAACGUCAACAAUGUGAGCGAUCCAACAUCCUUCAACACACAGACGAGAGAUCUUUUAACCGAGCUGACGAAGACAGCGACUACUGGAGGCAACCAGAAGCUGUUUGCUACAGGGGAGAAAAAUAUUGGAAAGAAGUUGUAUGGACUAGUGCAGUGUACAAGGGACUUGAGAAGUGGAAGUUGUAAGGCAUGUUUGGAUGGAAUUAUUGGGGAGCUUCCUAACUGUUGUGAUGGUAAAGAAGGAGGGAGAGUUGUGGGUGGGAGCUGUAACUUUAGGUAUGAGAUUUACCCUUUCGUUAAGACUGCUUGAUAUGAGGUCUAAGUAGAAAGGGGUCCAUAGCCAAACACGGUCUUAGUUUAUUAUCAGAGUCUAUGUGAUAUGUAUGGAAAUGUAUUGUAUGUUGUUUCUAUAAUGUGUUGAGCCAAAAAAAUGGAAAAUUCAUCAAA